AGAAGCGACAAUCUUCUCCGGCGGUUAUUUGUGACUUCCAGCAGCUGUCCGGGCUACUUGACGAUCUGAAUCCGGAAACAGUUUAUAAACUCUUAUUUUAUUUUAUAUUCCUUUCAGGUGUGUCUUUCAUUUUUCCUUUUUAUCUCUUGUUGUACAGUGUCUGAUUUUUGUUCUACCCAAUCCAUUUUUUUGAGUAUUGGGCUUUCCAAUUGACCCAGCCCAAGAGAAAAUUUAGAAGUGGACCUAACCUUUCAUCCCCUCUCUCUCGCUCGACGCGACUACGGCUAUCUGCGACUCUCAGCUCCCAAAGUCUCUGCCUGCUAGCCUGUCGUACGGUACCAACACUCAGGUCUCAGGGUCAGGGCACCAUCGUCCAUCGGCAGAAGAAGAAGGUAUUGUAAUUUACACCAACAUCCUUGCCUGUGACCAUUCAAACUACUUUUAUGUAAAUUUAAAUAUCAACUGUAUCGACCAGCCCACGGCAAUGAAGAUACUCCAAUCGAAUGCUGGUGUACUUACUAAUUGUGAAGUGCUUGAGCUUUUAAGAUCCAGAGGGGCAGGGAAAGAUCCUACACGUGCUAUAGCUGCCGUGGCACCAUCUGAAUUCAAGGUUUAUGAUUAUUUAGAGCAAACUGUUGCAUCCAAGCAAACAAUAGAAAUCAUCCAUAAGUUUGUGGAAGAUUGUAAGAAGUACGACCUCACUAAUGGUGAGAUGCUUAAUAUUGUCAACAUUAGGCCUUCAUCUGCAGUUGAGAUAGACCCGAUCAUACAAGAUUGUGACUCCCGCAUGGGAGAUAGAAUCGACGAGUUUCUAGAGUCUGUGGUGCAGGUUUUGCCUCCACAUCCAUCACAGUUGGAGUUUGAUGAGGACAAUGGCGAGGACAAAGAAGCUCCUGGUGAUCAACAAAUGGAGGAUGAGCCCCAAAACAAGCUGACAUGUUGAAUAUAAAGUCAGCUCAUAGUUUCAAUAUAAAACCAUUUUUUGGCUUUAAUUUCAGUUUUGCUUGAUUCUCAGAAUUCUUGUUUGUUUGAUGAAAACUUCUAAUACGAACAUGUAGAUGACAUCUACAUGUGUACGAGUGUAAAAUUUUCUAGUGUUAAAUGGUUGGACAACAGUCCCAACACGUUCUUUGAUUCGAGAUACAAUGGUUUAAUAUAACUAACAUAGUUUUGCAAGA